UGCUACAGAGCGGCUUCACAGACAAAACUUUGCCACAAAUGGCAGGUGAAAAUGACGAAGAUGCCACCGUCGACAAAUCAUUGGUGGUAAAUGUUUUGCAUAGUCUUACGAAGGAAGUGGCCAGGCUUUUGGAAUCCGCCAGAAAACAAGCAAAAGAUUCACUGCAAGACUUUGCAUCAAGCAAUGUGAAUGCACUCGGAGCCAGUAUAGGUUUAUACUGCGAAGCAUUUCUGAGGUUGGGAGUCAUCACAAGGAAGGCCUUGGAUGAAGUGCUGGGACGUUUCUACCGAUAUCAAGAAAUCCAGAAUGCUGUUGAAGAGCUGGAUGAUUUAGAGAGUGAUUGGAAUGCCUUCCUCAAAGACACGGAAUCACAACUAUCGAAGGGUGAAGCCCAAUCCAGCCUAUCUAUUGGCUCCCCGGGACCAUGUGACAUUGAGCUAAAAGACGCCAGAACAGGCAGACCAAGCACAAUUGGGAGUUACCUAUCCAAAGGACACGUCAUCGUGGUCCUCCUGCGCCACUUUGCCUGACUACCGUGACGCGACCACGUGGCCCAACUCCAGCAACGUGCUGAGGACAUCGCCCGCUGGGGAGGCCACAUCCUGGUUGUCUCGUUUGGCUCACGAGAGGGCGCUCUACAGUGGUUGGGGAUCACCGGGUGCCCAUUUGACAUGGUUGUGGACGAGGAUCGAAAGGUGUAUUCCGCUAUGGGUCUGGGCCGUUCGAUAUCCAAGGUGUGGCACACUAGCACCAUCACAUACUACGCCGAGAUGAAGGCGUCCGGAAGGACACUUCCUUCCAAAUUGGAAAAUAUAGAGGAUGAUCCAACUCAGAUGGGUGGGGAUCUUGUUGUUGAUCGCCAUGGCAACACAGCCUUCAUACACUGCAGUAAAACACCUCCUGAUAGGCCAGCUGUGGAUGACUUAAUCAAAGUCUUAAAGGACCUCCGGAAAGACGAAGAGAAGUCGGCCAGGCAAGAUUUCGAAGAUGAUGGUCCUCCAAGGAAGAUUUUCAAGAGCUAAAGUGAAUUUAGAGAACGGUUAGUCAAGAUCGAAAGUAGAGCUUGGGAGGGUAGGGAAAGGGAAGUCACGAAAUGAGCCUGUGGAGAAAUAUGUUUUAUCAAGGGAAUAAAUGUGUGUUCGGGAGGUGUUAUAACACUCUGUUUAAGACCGGUUUGAGUCUGGAUGGGCGAUAAUUACCCGGUUUGAGUAUGGAUGGGCGAUA